CAAUACAAUAAUUCCAUUCGUUCUACCAUACAAAUCAGUUUGUAAAUCGCCACGACCUCAAAUUUUUUUUAAUAUUAAUAAUCCCAGUGUUUAAAACUUAAUUUUUCUUGAUUUAUUUGAAUUGUUGCGCCUUUUGGCGAAUUUAAUCGAUCCACCACCACCACCACCACCACCAGCAGCAGCCACCCUCUUGCACCACGCCCUUCUGUCGCGUCGCACACACAGUCGCACUCCUGGCAUGGCCCAGUGAUGUCCGAAAGCGAAGAAGAGACGAGCAGCGUCGCCGAUUGGCCCGUCACCGAAGAAUGGCUCCAGGCCGUCCUUCGACACCACCACAACGACCUCGGCGACGCCGCCACCUCAAUCACCGUCGUCGAUUUCACAGUGAAACCGGGCUGCGAUGCCGGGGAGAGCGUCCUGAGUGAUAUUCUCGCCGUUGCCGUCAAAUACUCUCUCAAAAAUGAUCCUCUCGCGCACUGUCUCAGUUUCAUCAUCAAGCUGCUGCCCCAGGACCCUUUCAGUCGCUAUUUUGUCACCGAAGCGCAAUUCGAUCUCAGAGAAAUCAAAUUCUACACGCAAGUAGUGCCCGAUUUGGAAUCGUUCAAAUCGCAACAUCUCCCCCCGGACACCACCCUCCCACUCCCCAUCCCCAAAUGCUAUUACGCCCACUACUCCUCCGGCAGUAGUGACCCGGAACCGAGCCCCCCUGAAUCCGUCCUCGUAUUAGAAAACAUCAAACCUUCCGGUUACAACAGUGCCGAUUUUUCACGUGGUUUAACUCUUCGUCAAACCACUUCAGCCGUUGACGCCAUCGCACGCAUCCAUGGACUUUCUCUCGCACUCAAAAUCAAAGAAGGUAAAUCAUUGGUCGAACGCUACCCCUUCCUCUUUCAAACAACACGAGCUUCCGACUCCUAUCAACAACUCGUCGAAAGAGGUCUUCCUCAACUUUCACAAUUCCUCGAACGACGUCCCGGUCAGGAGAGUGUCUUAGCCGCUUUGAAUGACCUCCGACCUCACACCAAAGACAUCAUCGAAAAUUUACUCUCACCGGAAGAACCAAUGGCACUUAUUACACACACGGACUUCUGGUGUAAUAAUCUCAUGUUUCAAGAGGACGAAAACACGAGCACUUGUGCCAUUUUAGAUUGGCAAAUGGUGACGUAUAGUAGAGCCACCAAUGAUCUGGCUUUGUUACUCAUCAGUUCGGUUCCGGCCGAAUUAAGACGAUUACACACCGAGAAAUUACUCGAUGGUUAUUGGACGAAUCUUACUCAGACUUGUUUACGGUUAAACCUUGACGUUGAAAAAGAACUCGGUUAUAACCGAAUGCAAUUGGGAGAGGACUAUAAACGUUCGCAACUUUUAGCUCUACUCCUAUGUAUUGGUUCAGUUGAUUUGGCUUUGGGAAAUGCACAAAUGGAAGAACGUCUCCUUGCACUCCUUCAGGACCUCUACGAUGAAGGUCUUCUCAAUGCCGACAUGGCUAAAAAAUAACACACGAAACGCAUAUUGCGAAAAAUCCGGCUAGUGACUUUGUUUUUGCUUCGUGAUGUGUUCCGUGCCAAUUUUUCUUUCAUUUGUAGAAUAACAAAAUCAUGAUUGUGUAUUUUGUAACAAUGUGCGAUGACUUUUGGUCAAUAAAAAGAUGAAAGAAACUUGAUAAAUUACAAUUUUCUCGCUAAAAACACAUCCAUCAUGUUUGUUUACGUUCAUGAAAUUAUUUCAUUUCGAUCUCUUUCGGAUCAAAAACAUCGAAACGUGACACACAUCCGUAAGAGAUUUAAUUUAAUAUAGUCUGAGUGGUUUUAAUCGAUGAUCAUGUAUUCGCUUGAUUAAAAUUGUUACGCUCAAAAAAGCAUAGAAACGUCGAAAAUAUGUAGACAACGUCUCGAUUUUUCCAGUGUAAAGGAAAUGCUUAAUGAUGCAACUAUUUCUUAGGUCAAGAAUCCACCCCUCACCCCCAAGGGAAUUACCUGACAUGAAGUUGGCGGAUCGAUAGAAAGCGCAGGGUAUGUGUAAUGCGUCACUUGCAGAAAGAAAGAAAGAGAGAGAGACAUGCAAGUUUUAUCAAAUUUAUGACUCUUUUAGUAUCAAAUUAUUUUUAUUUAUUAAAAAACUGUGUAAACAUUGUUGAUUUUCAUUUUGACACGUUAAUUAAACAUUUUCUAAACUGGGUAACUUUUGCUUGAAAUUUCAUUCAUUAAGCUGAGUUUAAUUAACUUUGAAACUACAUACUUGUUACUAAAAGUUGGAAUUUACGUAAUUACAGGAACACGACACACCAAUUUCAAUA